AUGUCUGCCCCCUCAUCGCCUGGUCGACGAUCAGCUGUCCGUAUUCCUGGACCUGUAGAGACUUCUAUUCAGCAAAAGAUCAUUCAUCAGUUCAAUCCCGUGUUGUUGAGAGUAUACAACGACUCUAGCAAGCAUUCGCAUCACGCUCCUAUGCGGGCCCAAGGGGGAGGUAAUGGCGAGACACAUUUUGCCGUCCACCUCGUCUCGGCGUCAUUCAGAGGCAAGACCACAAUCGCCCGACACAGAAUGGUCAACACGCUUUUGAAGGAAGAGUUUGACGAGCGAGGGCUGCAUGCUUUGAGCUUGAGGCUCAAGACGCCCGAAGAGUGGGAGAAGGAAGGCGGUGAUGAGAUGAGGCAAUGA